GCGGAAGGAAGGCAAAGGCAGAGCUAAUUGAUUUGCAUGAAUUUUGCACUUUGAUGCAUUGAUGGGUUUAUAAUCACAGGAUGCGUGCAGAGCCUUGGGGCUACGGCUGUUCGGGGGCCUAUAUAAGGCCCGGCUCUGUUGUGGCAGUAGUUGCAGAAGUGUCCAGAGUCAACAUGGUGCUGCGUCGCAUCUUUCCGAAUAUGUUCCAAGGGCCAGAGUCUGCGGUCGUCGAGUCGCGCAAGGCUUCGCUCUACCUGCUGCGCUGCAUUUUCCUGAUGGGCAUCAGGACGCCGCCGAAGCGAUUCUUCUUCGUCUACAUCCUGUGGUCCUGUGCGCUGAACCUGAGCUCGACCUUCUACCAGCCCAUUGGCUUUGUGCUCGGCUACAUUUCGCACCUGUCCGAGUUUACGCCCAGCCAGUUGCUCACCUCGCUGCAGGUGGCCUUCAAUGCCUGGGCCUGCUCGACUAAGGUGAUCAUAGUCUGGAUACUGAUCAAGCGGCUCGACCGGGCCAACGAAAUGCUCGACGCGCUGGACAAAGUUGUGCGGCUGCCGAGCGAGCGUGAGCGAGUGCAGCGCACUGUCGCCUUGAGCAACAAGAUCUUCUUCUGCUACAUGAGCCUCUAUCUGACGUACGCAUCGAGCACGGCUUUCUUCGCCGCCCUGAUGGGCGUGCCCUCGUUUCAGAACUACUACCCGGUGCUCGACUGGCGCGCCAGCCGCUUUCAGUUCUGGCUGCAGUCGGGCCUCGAGUACUUCGCCAUGCUGGGCGCCUGCUUCCAGGACGUCUGCGUCGACUGCUACCCCGUCAACUAUAUCCUGCCCCUGCGUGCCCACAUGGCCAUCUUCGCGGAGCGACUGCGCCAGCUGGGCAGCGAUCUCGAGGAGAAGCGGCAGCAGCGUAUCGACAAGCUCGUCGAGUGCAUCAGGCAUCACAAACUCUUGCUAAGCUACUGCGACAAUUUGCGUCCCCUGGUGGGCGGCACGAUUUUCGUCCAGCUCAUGGUCGUGGGCCUGGUCAUGGGCUUCACGCUCAUCAAUAUUGCGAUAUUCGCCAACUUCGGCUCGCGCAUCGCCGCCAUAUCCUUCAUGUGCUGCAUCGUGCUGGAGACCACGCCCUUCUGCACGCUCUGCAACUACCUUGCUGACGACUGCCAGAUGCUGGCGGAUGCCCUGUUCGAGUCCAAUUGGAUCGAGCAGGAUGAGCGCUACAAGAAAAUCGUCCUUCAAUUCCUUCAAACUCUGCAGAAGCCCAUUAUAUUUCUGGCCGGGAAUUUCUUCACCAUUUCGGUGGCCACAAAUCUGGCGGCCACAAAGUUCUCAUUCUCUGUUUUCACGCUCGUCAAGCAAAUGAAUAUAGCCGAGAAGUUGGCCAAGACAACCAGCAGUCAAUACCAGGAGCCAGUGGAAAUAUAAAAACCAAAACAAUUUUCGUUUGGUAUUUUAUGGUACAUAAAAACCAAAUGGAAUCAAUAACUGAAGUGUUUAUGAAAUUUGAAGUGAACUGUGCUAAUGUAAUUUGGUAUUUACAAACAUGAGGCAGACUAACACAACAUAAAUGUUUUUAUUGAUCAACACUGGCAAUUAGUCACAGGCUUAGCUAUACAACACUACACCACUUAUGUGAACACUGAGUAGUGUAUAACAGCUAUUAGAACUACGUAUAACAGUUGUAGAUAUUAGCUGAAUUUUUGCAAUGAUUACUUACCAGGCUUAACCUAGGUAACUAUAUAACAGUUGCUUUAUCUUUAUCUUCAACACCAUAAUUUACCAGCACUAGUUUCGGCAUCAUAAAGGCCACUGUACCUUAUGCUAUAUAUAACACUUUCCUAUCAUUCAUCUGACAGCUGUUCUAAUCACAUAUGACAGUUAUGAAUUUACUUACCUGCACUGCUUCAAAUAUCACAACCGUUUUUG